AUGGGCCACUUGUUGAUUCGAGGAUGGGUCCUCGCCGCAUUGGCUGUGCAAGGCUUUGCCACCGUUACUCUAACAUCGACUGCUGAACCAGUCGUAACUGUCCAGCCAACUGCGACUCCUACUCCUCAGGCACACCACCACCAACACCAUCAUUGGACUUAUAUUUCCAGGGCCUUGCCCAGUCGCAAGCCUUGCAGCACUCAUUCAUCAUCUGUUCCCUCUUCCAAGGCAACACCGGCAUCAUCUGCCAAAGUGGUGUCAUCGUCUUCGGUAGCGAUUAGCGUGUCCACUCCUUACUCAAGACCUGUGACCACUCACUCGGUGCAUCACCACCAUCACCACAACCAUUGGACUUAUACUUCUCUACCGCGGCCACACCGCACUCAGUGCUCAUCUUCCACGCCUAUUUCUAUCUUGUCGUCGUCGGCUCCUAGCUCGACACCUCUCUACCAGACCACAGCCAAGGUUUCUGUACCAGGAUCUGUUGCCUCUGGAAAGCCUCAACCCUCUGGAGGCAUCCCUGCCCCGUCAGGUAGUCCCUUGCCAGAUGCUACAGGCGCACCUACAGGGUCCGAGGCUCAGUCUACUACUUCCACGAUUGUCUCCACUCGUACUGCUACCAUCACAGCCUGUCCGUCAGCUACACCUAAUUGCCCGCCCUCUUCUAAGACUACCUUUGUCACCACUGAGACUGUGGUCGUUUCGACCACAGUCUGUCCAGUGGCUGAUGCCACACAAACUACAUCUUUCCCUGCAGGAGGACAGGCAUCUGUGAAGCCUGAGGGACCUGAGUUCACUACCUCUACUGUCUUCAGCACCCGCACUGCUACCAUCACUGCCUGUCCGUCUUCUGUCACCAACUGCCCUGCGCGCUCCAAGACGACACUCCUGACAACCGAGACUAUUGCGGUGUCCACAACGGUAUGCCCAGUUGCCGAGGCCACUCAGAUCACAACCCCUUCCAUUCCGGGAGGCGAGGCCCCUACAAAGUCUGAGGAGCUUGGAUUUACCACUUCUACUGUCUUCAGCACCCGAACUGCUACCAUCACCGCAUGCCCAUCUUCUGUUACUGACUGCCCUGCACGAUCAAAGACGGCCUUCGUUACCACUGAAACUAUUGCGGUUUCUACAACUGUCCGCCCCAUAACCGAGGCUGCAGGUGCUACUCAGACUUCGUCUGUUUCAGCAUCUAUAGGCGAAAGCGCUGGUUUCCAGGGCAAUGGAGAUGAAGGCUCUGAUUCAAAUAUUUCUACUAUUUGGACCACUAGAAUCUCGACUAUCACUGCUUGUCCAGCCUCUGUAACCAACUGUCCCCUGCGUUCCAAGACAACCUACUUGACCACCGAGACCCUGGCUGUAGGAACUACUACAUAUGCUGCACCCGCACAGGCUACAUCUUCCUCCGAGGGGCUGUCAGUCACCGCCCCAGCUAGUGUCGUCGAUUCCCAAGCUACCAAAUCAGUCACUACUAUCACCACCGAAACUGCGUCUGGACCUUCCGGUUCCACUGGUGGCCAGUCAGGCUCGGGAGCGGCUACAAUGUACACUGCUCUCUACACUGUCGAAUCAUGUGGCAACAGCGGUACUUGCACGGAGUAUGUCGAAACUGUGGUGAUGACACAGACAAGCGUUGCUCAGCCCACUAUGACCUUCUCCAUGUUCAAGCCCGUGUAUGGCUCCGGAGCUGCCGGCAUUCCUACUGCCUCUGCCUCCUCUGCACAUGUUGGACAACAGGCUAGCCAGAGCAGCGGAUUGGCUGCGCAUGGCUCUUCAAGCACGAGCAGUGCGGCGUACGCUGUCUACACUGGUGCUGCAUCUGGGAGCCUCCAAUGGUCUUUGCUGAAGAUAUUCGGCACCGCCAUGGUUAUGUUGGUAGCAUUGCUGGCUUAG